AUGAAGGCCCUCAUCACUCUGUUUCUCACGGCUCUUGCCUCGGCGCACGCGGUCUCGCGUGCUGAGACACAACUUCAGAGUAGAGACUUCCAGCCCGUUGCUUUGAACUUUCAAGCUGGGCCAGCUUCUUAUGGGAUGGACAUAGUUGCAGAUGGGCAAGAAUGGUUUACUAAUAAUGACCUCAACGUCAACUUGAUUACUGCCCCGGACUUCGAUGCCUAUCGUCUCUGCACCUUCAAAACGGAAACCAACGAGGUCACAUUCGCGCCGUCGCUCACGCAGCGGCCCGGAGACGUCUGGCCCAUCAACCAGAUAGCAGUCGGGCCACCCCAGAAGAUCAUUUCUGUCACUUGCAGCGGAACAUGCAUCGGGGUUUACGAAACGGACAAUAUCUCGGGAGUUGUUGCAACGGCUUUUGUGCUGCGAACAAGUGUCGUCCGUGGAGUAUAG